AGACUUUUUUUGUUUUUUUAACCCCAAAUCAUACGAGAACAGACAGAAUCGAAACCCUCGCGGAUUAUAUGCGGACCCAGUAAGAAGAGGAAAACGAAGAAGAAGAAGAAAUCAAAGGAAAUAUAGGAAAAAAAGGUUAAUAUUCCCUCUAAGCUUUCUAUUUUCAUAUAGAUUGUGAUAUUUUGUUCACGGAAAAGAAAUGGCGGAAGAGAAAGGAGAAGCACCAGUUGCAUCACCUGCCGCAGCAGCAGCUGAAAUCCCACCACCGCCACUACCACUACCUCCCUACGAUGACGUAAAUGCCAAGUGGGAUGUGUGUAUGGACUUGAGCAUUCGCCGGAUUUUCUAUUCUACCGCUGUUGGCGCUUUUGCUGGGCUUUUCCUAUUUCGGAGUCCUGUUACAAGAUGGACUUCUGUAGGAUUGGCUACUGGCAUUGGUAUCGGAACUGCUUUCACAGAGUGCUCUUACAUAUUUGGGCGAUCUCCAGCAAAAUUGACCCCUAAAAUUUCUAAGGCACCUUUGUCAAAGGAUGCGGAGCACUGAAGCAGAGCCUGAGAUCUUUGGCUUCCAAAAUUUCCAAAUUAGUAAGCGUUUUCCUAAUUGGACAUCAUUUUGCCUUGCCUUGAGCGGCUUUGCCUCUUGCGAGAUUGUUUUACAUGGUUGAUUUUUCAGCAUGAUGUAUGGAAAAUUUUCUUGUGAACUCCAGUGCACUCUGUUCUGUAACUUGAAUACCAGGCUAAUAGGGAAGAAAAGGGAUAAGCUAAUAAUUACUUUUGUCUUGGCAUGCUAUGUAUUGAGGCUAUUUACUUCUAUUCAAUGGGCUUUUUAAGGUACCAAACAAGUGUGUUCUCGAAACAUAUUUUAGCCUUCCAAGUAUCUCAUUCUUCUUUUUUGGCAUGGCAAAGCUUCCAUUUGGCUGAGGUUGCCUUGAGUAGUAGCUUCAUAUAGCUACUGAUUUGGAUACUUGCCCACGAUAUAUCUGCCUCUGUCAUGAUCGGCCUGAAACCUAGAUUCUUUACGAGUGUUUUAGUGGAGAAGGUAAAGUAGGGGGACAAGCCUGGUGGGUUGGACAUUUGUACUCAUUAACUUGUCCGCCAUCUGAAUGAGGUUAUCCCUUUUGGACUUGGUUUGUACAUCGAAGAUAAACUUCCUCACCUUAGUUGCUUCAAAUUUGGUAAGGCAUAAUUGUGGUAAUGACAGAUAGGGUGAAUCAUGUUGACCCUUCCAGGGCUCUGUCAAUAUAUACAUGUUGGCUAAAUUCUGAUUUCAGAAAUAUAUGUUAAUAACUACUGUAUUCUGCUAAGUAUCACACAGACUGGUGCAGAGUUGAACAAGUACAUGUAAUCGGUUGGUUGCAACAGAGACGAAGCAAAAAAACUGUCCGAAGCAUGGUUUCAUAAAAAAAAAAAAAAAAAAAAAAAAAAAAUCAACAUUUCUAAGAAUCCUGGCCAAGAACUAAUACUGCAAGAAGAAGAAAAACUAACGGUGAUAUAUUAAUUCAUAUCAUGAAGGGGUUAUAUAUAAGUUUUUAAACAAUAGUGGGGGUUAUGUGAUAAAAUAUAAAAUUACGGAAGGUAAAACAUAAUUUAUCAUAAAAUGUGAAAGGAAAAGACAAAUUGUCACUAUAAUGACGCGACGAUAAAGUUUCUUGAAUUGUCAAGUGCAUCAAUUCUUGAGCCGCAAUAUACCAUGCAUUUGUUGCCAUCACAGUUUUAGACUUGAGAGAGUUCUUUGAAGAAUAUAUUGUGUGCCCCAUAAAUAUAUGAUGGUAGUGGUCAACCCGCCAAAAUGGAAAAUCGGUGCUGUGCCCAUCAAGUGCAAUUUUUCCAACCCAACCUUGAGGCAGGAAAUUAAGCAAGUUAGCGGUUGGGAGAGGGAAAUUCCAUUAGGGAACACAAUGACAACCACUUCGCAUUGGCAGGAGCGUAGCGAUCACAACCAAGUGUCAGACAGUAAUUAGCAGAAUGUGUCGUACGUACACGCUUUACACGCAUGCUUUCUUUGUGUCAUUAUGUCCGCUUUGAACAAUGCAGAUGCGUUUACACAGGUAAGCGUGGUAUCCUUGUGAGGUGUUUAUUGCGUACAAGGAAGAUGCAAACUCGGGGGAGCGGUACGAGGGGAAGGAGUGUAAACGUAAGGUUUCGGAUUCGAGUCCUCUUGUUUAUAUUUAAAAAAAAAAAAAAAA